AUGACGGACAAAACCACCCUCGUUCGCUUGGAUGGCAUCUUCCAUGCUCUGCCAACUUAUCCUGACGACCAGGGGUACCAGGGCCUCACCGCCAUCGUCACCGGUGCCAAUGGCAUCAGCGGCUACCAUAUGGUCAAAGUUCUCGCCGCAGCUCCGCAACGCUGGGCCAAGAUUUACUGCUUGUCGCGACGGCCACCGCCGGACUAUUUCUUCAAGGACCUCGGUGAAGGCGCUGCCGGUCGUGUUGAGCACGUCGAGGUCGACUUCCUGGAUACCUCCGGCAGCAUUGGCAAGUCGCUCAAAGGCAAGAUUGACAAGGUGGACCAUGUGUUCUUCUUCUCCUUCGCAACCACCAAGCAGGAAGGGGCGGUCCUGGGCAUGUGGUCCGAUGCCGACGCGCUAGCGAAGCUCAACACCGACCUGAUCGUCAACUUCACACAGGGUCUCAAGGACGCCGACCUUAAGCCAAAGCGCUUCCUCCUGCAGACUGGUGCCAAGCAGUAUGGCUUCCACAUCGGCCCUGCCACGAACCCAUCGUUCGAGACAGAUCCUAGGGUAACUCUCGAGAACAACUUUUACUACCCUCAGGAAGAUGCACUCGACGCAUAUUGCAAGGAGACCGGCGCCCAGUGGAAUGUAGUGCGGCCGUCGUACAUUAUCGGCGCCGUCCGUGACAACCUGCUGAACCAUAUGGUUGGCUUCGCCAUCUAUGGCGCCGUGCAAGCGCAUCUCGGCGAGCCGCUGGAAUUCCCUGGCGAUUACCUAGCAUGGGACAGGGAAUUCUGCCAAAGCUCCGCAAUGCUGAACGCCUACCUCGAGGAAUUUGCCGUCCUCCACCCCAACGCGGGCAACCAAGCCUUCAACGCUAGCGACGGGACCCCGUUCACGUGGUCACGCUUCUUUCCCUACCUCGCCUCCUGGUACGGCACGAGCUGGACACCGCCCUCAGAUGACCCGCAGAAAUACCGCACCACCGAAUCCCGCUGGACGCAGACCCCGCGCGGCUACGGGCCUCGCGGCAUCACGCGCUCAACGUUCUCGCUGUGCGAGUGGGCGGCGAGUGCGAAGGUGCAGAAAGCAUGGGAGCAGCUGAAGGCUAGGCAUGGGUUGAGGAUCGAUCCGUUUGAGGAUGUUGGGAAGACGUUUGGGAUUUGUGACUCCGCGGUCAUCGGAGGGUGGGCUUUGAGUUUGAGUACCAGGAAGGCGAGGAAGUGGGGCUUCUAUGGGUGUGCGGAUUCGUAUGAGAGUAUGUAUUGGUGUUUGAAGGGGUUGGUGGAUUUGAAGGUGAGUCCGCCGUUGGCGGUGGGGGAGUUUCAGGAGGUGGUUGACUGA